GGGGAAACAAGCAGCUGGAAAACCUUCGUAAGGAGAAAAAAGUUAGUUGGGUGUGAGAAAGAAGAAAACCUAUACAUACAACAUAUACAUACAAAAUCAAUCUCUGUGUGCUCUUCCGCAGCGAAGAUUUGUUCUUCAAUCGAGAAAGAUCCCGGCUCAUACUUUCAAUCCUUCUCGUGAAUUUAUAUUAGUAUAUGUAAAAAGACGUUUACCCCAGCUUUGCAGAUUGUGAUCCCACGCUUAUGUUCUAGGGUUUCGAAGAUACAUGGCUUGUGAUGGUUGCCUUCAUUAAAGUCUUCUGCUGCUGAGUUUCUACCUUCUGUACCUGGCAAAAAUGUCAGGCCUAGAAGGAGCUGAUGCUUUUGAUGACAUUAAAGAAAGGAGGAUGGAUUUCGAAAAUUCUGAAGACGAGAGACGAAGAUCUAAAAUUGGAGCUUUAAGGAAGAAAGCAAUAAAUGCUUCAAACAAAUUCACCCAUUCACUUAAGAAAAGGGGAAAGAGAAAAGUUGAUUACAGAGUUCCUUCGGUAUCAAUAGAAGAUGUACGUGAUGCAAGUGAAGAGAGAGCUGUCCAUGAACUCCGACAAAAGCUCCUUGACAAAGAUUUACUCCCAGAAAGACAUGAUGAUUAUCAUACCCUUCUGAGGUUCUUGAAAGCAAGAGAUUUUAACAUGGAUAGAACAAUCCGGAUGUGGGCAGAAAUGCUACAAUGGCGAAAAGAGUAUGGAACAGAUACAAUAUUGGAGGAUUUUGUAUAUGAAGAACUCGAAGAAGUAUUACAAUAUUACCCUCAUGGGUACCAUGGAGUUGAUAGAGAAGGAAGACCUGUUUAUAUUGAAAGACUUGGCAAAGCACACCCCAGUAGACUCAUGCGCAUUACUUCUAUUGACAGAUACCUAAAAUACCAUGUUCAAGAAUUUGAAAGGGCUUUUAUUGAAAAGUUUCCCGCUUGUUCAGUUGCAGCAAAAAGACAAAUUUGUUCCACUACAACAAUUCUUGAUGUACAAGGCUUGGGAUUGAAGAAUUUCACUCCAAGUGCUGCAAGUAUUCUUGGAGCCAUGGCCAAGGUUGACAAUAACUAUUACCCAGAGACUUUACACCGUAUGUUUGUGGUCAACGCUGGGUCAACUUUCAAGAAGUAUUUAUGGCCUGCUGCUCAAAAGUUUCUAGAUGCAAAAACAAUCUCAAAAAUUCAUGUGUUGGAGCCUAAAUCAUUGGGGAAAUUACUUGAAGUCAUUGAUCCAAGUCAAUUACCUGAUUUCCUUGGUGGUUCUUGUACCUGUCCUGGUGAGUUUGGUUGCCUUAGGUCAAACAUGGGUCCAUGGAGCGACCCGGAAAUAAUGAAGGUUGUGAAUAAUACAGAAGCCACAUUUGUGAUGUCAUCUGAUUCUUCUUCAGUCUACUAUAACUGUGAUGAUCAAUUUAGUGUCACGGAUCAAGAAGUUGAGAUAGAAAACAAUCAUGAAACAGCUUCUGAUGAUUUUAUAUUAAUGGAGAUUGUGAAGAGGGGAUUUAAUUACAUAGGAAGACCACUGGUGUCAUUGGUGGAAAAACUGAUUGUUCUAAUUACCAUUCUACCAUUUGACUUUUUGAAAAGACAGAAGAAUGUUUAUCCUACUAACACAGUGGAAGAUGAACCACAAGAGAGUGUGAAUCCGUUUGUUGAGAGACUUGAGAAGCUUGAAGGGCUACUUGAAGAACUUAAAAGGAAACCGGCUCGGAUACCUGUUGAAAAAGAGAAUAUGUUGUAUGAUUCGUUGGAGAGGAUUAAAUUAGUCGAAUUUGAUCUUAAUAAAACCAAAAGUGUACUUCAUGCUACAGUGGUGAAGCAACUUGAGAUUGCAGCCUUGAUGGAGAAUAUACAGGAGUCAAAAUUUCGCCGGCGGAGGAUCUGUUGAAGGUGCGGUGGACAAGCGGUGAAUUGUUUUUGGCAAUGUGAAUGUGAAUGUGAGGUGUGUAAAAACUAAAAAAGUAAUAGAGAGAGUAAAAAGUAGGAGGUGAAUCUAUUAUGGUGAAAACAAGUGUUAGAAAAAGGUUUACUUAGGAGUAUAAGAUCAAAGAGGAAACUGAAAGCAAUACAAUUUAUGGAAUGAGAUCCGCU